CUCACCUGCAUCACCCGACUCUGCACAGAAGAUGGAUCAAUUAGACCUUGAGCGCCAGAUUUUCGGUCGCGACUCCGACGAUGAGCUCUCCUUGUCAGAAGACGAGGAAGUACCGCAGCGACGUAUCCGCCGAGAGUCACCUGGUGCCCGCGCUGAAGAGGUUGAAUCGUCCGCUGACUCUGGAGACGAAUAUGUGCAGGAGAAGCGUGUGGCAAAGGAGAAGAUACACCGCAAGACUCGGCGCGCAACUGCAGAGGAUGGAGAGCAGCGACCCAAGCAGCGGAAGAGGAAGAGAAGGCAGCGGGAGGAGGUGGAUUUGAGCCAGUUGCCCCCGGAGCAAGCCAACAAGUUGAAGUUGGAUAUGCAAAUUGAGGCUAUUCUUAAACCAAAGAGAACUUCAAGACCGAAGAGAAAGAAGAAGGACGAUGAGGAUGUGCUUGACAGAUACGCCGAUGAGGAGGUUGCACGGCUACGUGAAGCGAUGCUCGCCGCUGUACUAGAUGACGAGCAGGCCAACAAGGAGAAGUUGCCUGCCACAGCAAAGCUCAGGCUGCUCCCGCAAGUGGUGGAGGUUCUGCGGAAAAACUCGCUUUCGCAAUCAAUUCUCGAUAAUAACCUUCUAGAAGGUGUUGGUAAAUGGUUAGGGCCCUUGCCAGACAAAUCGCUUCCCGCAUUGGACAUCCAGAAAGAGUUCUUCCCCAUCCUGAAGAAUGCAGAGUACAUCGACACAAACGCACUCAAAGACUCUAAGCUCGGCAGAGUCAUCAUGUUCUAUACGAAAAGCAAGCGUGUGUCUCCCGACAUUGCUCGCCUCGCGAACGAACUUGUGGCCACGUGGUCCCGACCCAUCAUCAAGCGCAGCGCCUCGUACAGGGAUCGCAUCAUCCCCACCGCGCCGGGCGGCGAAGGCGAGACGGUCGUGCGUUCAGGCGAGCGGCUGAACGCCAUCCUGGCGCGGGCGAAGGAGAACGAGAAGAACCGCGUGCGAAAGAAUGCUGUGAUGAUUCCGCAGCGGGAGCUCGGCAGCUACACAGUGGCCCCAAGGACGAACUCGGGCAUCACGAGGAGCAACGUGAGCGUCGACGUGGAUAUCGAGAGGAGGAAGAAGAAUGCGGAGAGGCUCAGAACUCUGACGAGAAAGAUCUCCACGAAGAGUUGAGCUAUUGGUGCUUCUUGUUUCCGGUUUUGCUUAUUGUACGCUCCAUUGUUCACUAUGUAUUGGUCGAUUGUAUUAUACUGUUGUCUCUUUGGCGGGCUGAUGGUAGCGUUGCGUUUUGUUCGAAGACAAGUGACGUAUCACCGCGAGUUGCCGUGAAGAUUGUUCUCUCGAGGCGCCGUUGAUUUCUCACAGGUUUAUUUUCUACUUUCUCAUGCCAUUCGUAUCCGAAGAUGAACGCAACCUCCUCGUCC